AUGUCUAUUGUCAACAACAACGAAAAUUCAGAAGAAAUCAAAACGAUGCGCAAGCUUCAUGGCGACCUUGUAUUAGAAGAGUCUGGCUUCUUUAAAAAAGUAACCCAAAAGGACUCUCAGUUGAAUAAACAUACUGCUGAAGCUUAUUAUAAAAACUGGAAAGAUACAGACAACCUUCAAGAUAACGAAAAGGAUGUCGAGCAAAGACGUCAUGAAGCCCAGAAUAUGACCAACUCUUUUUACGAUCUGGUAACUGAUUUCUAUGAGUACGGGUGGGGUCAAUCAUUCCAUUUUGCAAAAUUAUACAAGGGUGACUCAUUUAAAGAGAACAUCAACCGCCAUGAAGCUUAUUUAGCCCUAAAAUUGGGAUUGAAGAAGGGCAUGAAAGUGCUGGACACGGGAUGCGGCGUGGGUGGUCCCCUCAGGGAAGUAGUCAAGGCAUCCAAUGGUGCUCAUGUUACCGGUAUCAAUAACAAUGCCUAUCAAUUACAACGUUGUGAAGCAUACUCUUUCAAAUACGGAUUGUCAAAUUACACAAGCUUCAUCAAAGGUGAUUUUACCAACAUGCCCAUUGAAGACGAGACAUUUGACAGUGUCUUUUCCGUCGAGGCAACAGUGCAUGCGCCUCGACUUGAGCAAGUAUAUGGUGAAAUCUAUCGUGUAUUGAAGCCAGGUGGUAAAUUUGCUUGCUAUGAGUGGUGCACAACGGAUAUCUAUGACGAAAGCGAUGUCUCAAUGAAGAAAAUUGUACAUGCUAUCGAGUUGGGUAAUUCUAUCUCGAAAUUAUAUACUACAAAGCAAUGUAUACAAGCAUUGGAAACUGUUGGGUUCAAGGUUUUAGAGCAAGGCGAUAUGGGCGAGGUGGAUAGCGCUACUAACCCUUGGUAUAAUACGUUGAAGGCUCCUGAUGGUGGAUUUCGCGGUUUCCUGCGCUCUUCAAUCGGUCGCACCUAUACCAAUACACUCAUGACGUUCCUUGAUAAGUUUGGUCUGGUUCCCUCUGGUGUUUUGGAGACAUCUCAACUGUUGAAUGCUGCUGCGGAUAAUUUAGUUGCCGGUGGUGAAAUGGGCAUCUUUACUCCAAUGUUCUUUUUCUUGGUCGAGAAGCCUUUUACUGUCGCCCCUACCGCUUAA